AUGUUAAUUGUGUCGGCGCUUAUCGGACUCUAUUACUGGUGGACUGGUAGGGGAAAGUCGAGUGCCAAUGAGUUUCUGAUGGCUAACCGAUCGAUGAGUGUCCUCCCGGUGUCCAUGUCAGUGAUGGCUAGUUUUAUAUCAGCGAUCGCACUGAUAGGCAUUCCCGCCGAGGUCUACAUCUAUGGCCUACAGAAUUGGGCUAUGAUUUGUAGCUUUCCGGUGGUCAUGUAUGUGAGCGCCUAUAUGUUUAUGCCUGUGUUCUAUGAAUUACAAAUUACCAGCACUUAUGAGGUAGUCCUCAUGUCGAUUGUAUUGUAUGGGCCAGCAUUAGCCAUAUCGCAAUUGACAGGAAUGGGAUUAUGGUUUUCGGUGAUAACUACAGGAGUCGUCUGUACUUUCUAUACGACUAUCGGUGGUAUGAAAGCCGUCGUCUGGACGGAUGUGUUUCAGACGACUCUUAUGUUUGCAAUGAUGGGUACAGUUGUGGUCAAAGGGGUGUAUGAUUUGGGAGGACUUCACACCCUUUGGGAUAUUAAUAACCACUUCGAUAGGAUUGAGCUCUUCAACUUGAACCCUAACCCAUUCAUCAGGCACACAUUUUGGACAGUGUUCUUUGGUUCAGUAGUCCACUGGACUAACAUUUAUGCCACUAAUCAGGCUAUGGUUCAGAGAUACCUAACCAUACCUACUCUAAAACGCGCACAAAUGACUUUAUUAAUUGUGUGGCCGCUGAAGACCACAAUCAUAUGCCUAUCUUGUUUGGCAGGACUGGUAGUGUUUGCCAAAUAUAGUACAUGUGAUCCGAUGUCAACCAAACGUAUCGAGCGUUUCGAUCAGUUGUUCCCCUUAUAUGUGAUCCAAUCGUUCAGUUUUAUACCGGGAUUUGUGGGCCUUUUCAUCGCCGGUGUAUUCAGUGGUUCCCUCAGUACAAUCUCUUCGGGCGUCAACUCUCUGUCUGCGGUCACUCUCCAGGACUUUAUUCGUCCGUUUCUGUCGUAUAAGAUGUCCGACUCUGCGGCCACUCUUACUGUCAAAGUUGUGGCCGUUUUCUAUGGCUUACUGUCCAUUGCUUUGGUAUUAUUGGCUCAACAGAUGGGAAAUAUACUCCAGGCGGCAAUAGCCCUGUUUGGACUGCUGGGGUCACCAGUUUUUGGUUUAUUUAUUUUAGGGAUGUUUGUGCCCACUGCCAACUCCAAAGGGGCCUUUUGGGGCACUCUGUUGGGAAUUAGUUGUUCAUUAUGGGUGGGUGUGGGGGCUAUGAUGUACAAGCCAUACCUACCAAAAAAGCCUAUUUCAGUGGAAAGCCGGACGUCGAUCGCAGAGAUGGACUCAACACUAUUCACACCAUUAGUUCGUAAACAUGUGGAGAGAUUACAGAGACUUCGUAUCGAAGAUUAUAUUCAAAAGGAGGGACCGGAAAAAGCCCAACAAGUGAUCGCAUCGGCACUGAUAGGCAGUGCCGGACAACUGCCACACAAAUCACACACGGAUUUAGUGCUCAAUAACUUUACCCAUAAUUAUGUCAAUAAUAAUAACACAAAUAAUUCAAUCAAUUCCUAUAAUAAUGACAACUAUUAUCUGAAUGAAGCGUUUAUUUCGGCGCUUAUUGGUCUGUAUUACUGGUGGACGGGUAGGGGAAAGUCGAGUGCCAAUGAAUUUCUGAUGGCUAACCGGUCGAUGAGUGUCCUUCCGGUGUCCAUGUCAGUGAUGGCCACAUUUAUAUCGGCCAUAGCUUUAUUAGGCUUUCCCGCCGAGGUGUACAUCUAUGGCUUACAAAACUGGGCUGUUAUGUGCAGUUUCCCAAUAGUCAUGUAUGUGAGCGCCUAUAUGUUUAUGCCUGUGUUCUAUGAACUUCAAAUUACCAGCACAUUUGAGGUGUGUUAA